AGGAGAGGAAUGGCGAACCAUCUGACGGCUGAGCAAGUGGAUCACUUCCGAGAAGUUUUUUCCGUCUUCGACCAGGAUGGCUCAGGUUCCAUCGAUGCUGAUGAGCUGGGCGCCUGUCUACGAGCUCUUGGCCAAAACCUGACAGACGAUGAGAUCAAAGAUUUGAUAACAUCUGUGGAUCAGAACAACAGCGGAACUAUUGAUUUUGAUGAAUUUCUUGCUCUCAUCGUGUCAAAAUCCGAAGCAAUCAAUUGUGAAGAAGAAUUGUUAGCCGCGUUUCAAGAGUUUGACCUUGCGAAGAAAGGAAAGUUGUCUAAGGACCAAUUCUAUUACGUUUUCUGUGGAAUGGCAGAAACAUGUGAUGCACAAGACAUUGACUACAUGCUGAAGCUCUUUGGAGCUUUGGAUGAGAAUGAUGAGGUAGCAUACCCCAUCGUUGUAAACAAGCUCCUUGAAAUUUAGAGGAAUGAAACCAAAUCCCAAGUUGUCC